CUAAGCGCUCGGGUCGCCGCACCGCCCCGCAGCCGCAGUGACAGCAACCGCAACCGCAGCAGCACCCAGCUCCAUCCUCACCAGUCUGGCCCGAGCCGCAGCCCGGCAAUUCGGGCUGAGGGCGACAAGCAGAAGGUGUGCAGAUGCCCCAAGCCCCCUACUCCAUUGACCGGAGAGCAAGAAACCGGGAGUGGGCUAGCGGCGAUACUGCACCGAGGCGACUGAGGAAAAGAGGGCUGGAGACCAUGAAGCUAUUCAGGCAGGGGUAGGAUUGAGCCCCCGAGUCUGCCCAGAGGACUCUGGCAGGGCCUGGGGCGGCCAGGGUGGAUUCAAGGGAUCGGAGGGCUCUGACCACUGCAGAUGCGGCGCGCGUGGGUGCGGCGAAAGCACCCCCUUCUCCCUGGAUCUAAACGGAUAAACGGAAGCGAGUGUAAGUGUGGGGGGUGCGAAUCGCCACCUCCGGCCUUGGCUUUCCCGUUCGUGAGAGCACCCCCACUUCUCACUUUCCCCAAAUCCGCAUUUUUCUUGGCACAGCCCUCCCGAACACCGAGCGAGGAGAGGGAGGUGCCCGGGGGCAGUGAGAGUGACGUGUGCUGGUGCAGAGGGGGGUGGGGGGCUGCGGGCCGGGCUCUGUGGACCGACUCCUAAUCCUCUUGUUUUCGGAACCGUCAGCAGAUGUGGCUUCUCUUAGCUGAAUAAUCCGUUAAAGGAAUCAUAUUUUUUUAAAAAGGACCUCGGCCUCACCCAAGGAGGACAGUGGAGGAGAUCCGCGCUUGCCAGGUGCAGCAACCAUCAGAGCCUGCAAGCAGCAGUUUCCUUCAGUAGUCAAGGAAGCGCUUGGGGCUUGGCCAGGGAGGCCGCUCCCUGCUGCCUUUGCCUCCACGACUCUCCCGCAUCCGUCUGCGUGUAUAGUAUCCCCAUCCCUUUUUAUUCCAAUAGAUCUGCCUUUGGUUUGGACUGGCUGAAACACUGCGGGCUGCAACCAGUGUCUUUUAAAGGAGAACAAAAAGAUGAGGAUCUUGUGCGGGGCUCCGGGACAAAGCGUCUUGGACCCCGUGACAAGGGACGCGCGGAACUCUGGCUCCCCGAUUGGAGAGAUCAACGCUGCCCAACGGUACCCGGCCGGGCAAGAUCUGCGGACCUCUGAGGCGAGAAGACCGCAGCAGGAGAGUUCCGGAAGGCUGAUUCCCACAGAUCCUGGUAAGGGACCGCAGCAGCUCUGCCCUGCGGCACGCCCGGCCAGGCUGCAACAGGACUCUACACUCGAGGAAAAAGCUUGGAAACGAAAGGAUGCGGGAGAACAAAGAGCCUACGGAGGACGCGGCUGUUAUCUCAUUGUCUGUGACUGGGGGAGCUGCGGCAGAAAGCUGCAGUGCACCCAUCCUGAGGGCUUCUCUGGCGAGUUCUACAGGGCAAGCCGGACUGCUUCAAGGCAGAAAGAGAAAGACUCAGCAAUUGUUUGAAGAGAUGCCAUAACCAUUUUCUUCAAAAUCUACCUCCCUUGACAUAAGAAUUGGCCCUGUCCUGGGAUGCUCCCCCACUUUACAAAUAGGUUAGAAGAGAGCAGCUAGUGUACUGUACCAUUUUGGGGGUACAUCCAUUUGCACCCCAUUCCAUGCUCAUUGAGAUGUUAUUUUGCCUUCAAGCAAUGGCCUAAGCUGCUGACGGCUCAACACCCCCCCCCCCACCACAAAUGUCUCCAUUAGCAAUCCUCUGCUCAAUAAUUGCUUCCCCAUGAUUCCUUCAAAUGUCCCCUCGUCCUUCACCGAUAUUUCAUCUUACAUAACCUCCAGAUGCUUCCCCCAAGAAAGGUCCUUUUAGGUAGAAACCCAAUAUGCUUUUUCUCUAAGAGCUCCAACCGCAGGCAACAUCCAUAAGGCCUGCCUGGGAUCUGCUUCAGAGGAUCUGUGUUGGGAGGGGUGCAUUGUUAUUGUAUUGCUUAUGUAAACUCUUGUUCCAGAAAGCAUUAUUAGUGUGUGGGAGUGUUCUGGGGUGGCCAGUCUUUGUGAACCGGUGAUAGUAUGUGUCUACCAGGUCCCCUUCACAGAAGGGGUUUGUGUGUAGAACUCUGUUGACCUGCUCAGCCCCAGGUAUAAUUGUAAGACCCCUUUUGUUUCCACCAAAUGAGGAAUCAGAGCCAAGGUCAGCCUGAGUCACCUCUUCCCUCUACAUUUGCUGCCCUUUUCUGCCCAUCAGUAAUUAUGCAGAGAACCUGAGGCUCUGCUCUCUCAAGGCAGCACUUGAAUUCUCAACAUCAUCUCCCCAGCCUAUUUGAACCUUCUAAUUACAUCUUAUGGCUAAAACGAAGGGAAAAAUGUAUGAUCUCUCAGCAUGAUGAGGGUGCCAUAGUUUGAUGACUGAAUAUGUUUUCUUUCCCCCUUGGAUUUGUUCACACCCGCUACUGCCUUAGUCCCCAUGGGGUACAAUCUCUUGUGUUUCUUAAGGAACCCGGUACUUGGACUAGAUUUAGUAAUGUAUCAAAGGACUAAUUACAAUGGUUAUGUUUCUCUCCCGUCAGAGACAGCCCAGUUCUGUCUCAGUGGGAAACUAAUAUGUGGGGAGGGGUGUGUCCCCAGCUAGUAUAUCUCCAUGCACACAUAUUAAACCAUAGAUUUUCUUACACAACCGUAGCCAUCGCUAAUGUGGAAGGCACUUGACCACAAAAGAAAGUGUACCCAUCCACACCAGCUCUACAAAGAAAUUUUCUCUCCCACUAUUGAACUUACAUAAUACCCACCCCCAUUCCAACCUUAGAGUGCCGCCGUCUGGGGGCAGCUGCAGAAUUCCUGCCUGGGACAGAUGGAGCCUCCCCUUCCUCAGCUACUCUGUGGGUGGUUUUUGAGCCCAUGAGUCAACAGUCAACAUGGGCAGACUGUAGUGCGUGCUGAUGGUGUGUGUGUGUGUGUGUGUGUGUGUGUGUGUGUGUGUGUCUGAAGCUUGGCGGGCUGACUCACAUUGAGAAUAUCAACAACAAUGUUGAGAAUUAUGGUAUCUAAUAAAGAUCUUUUUUUUCUUUCAAGA